CGGAGCGGCGCCCUGGAGCGGCGCCGCGCAGCGUCCGGCUCGGGCGGCGGCGUUGGGAGCGCGGGCGGCGGCGUUGGGAGCGCGGGCGGCGGCGCUGCAGCUCGCGGGGUGCUCGGCAGAGGCGGCGGGUGAAGCGGGCGCCACCCGCCGGCCGGAAGGGCGCCUCAGCUUCACCGGGGCCCGCGGCGCGGGACCCAGGACCGAGAAGGAGGCGGCGCCCCUGCUGCCAGGAGCCCGGCCCGGUGCCCGCUGGGAGGGGGCCGCGGCCGCACGUUCCCGGCCCGGAGCGUUCCCGACGCGACUCCCGGCGAGGCCCUCCGAGCUCCCAUCCGCCCCCUGGGGCUGCCCUCAGCCUCCCCCGACUCACCUGCGCGGGCUGCCUGGCACCCAGGUGCGGGGGCGUGGGCUUGGCGUGGGCGCCUCCCCAGACCGCCAGCGGGGCGGGGGCGGGGCCGCCCUCGGCCUCACCGGGCGGCCCGUCGCCUUCAGUCUCACCGGUCCGCCCGCCGCGCCCGGUCGCGCGGCGUGAGCUCCCCCGGGACCGCGGCUCGGGAUGCUGUCCCCCAGCUCGGCCCCUCGCGCGCCGCUCGCCAUCCCUGCCCUUGACUCCUGGGCCAUGCCCCAGUGUUUACAUGCCGGUGAAGCCCCCGGCCACUCCGAACCUCUCCGAGCCCCAGCUCCCCGAGGGUGAAGCCAUCCGGCCUGCGAACUGGACUGGUCCUUCAGACCUGGGUCCUCUGGACUCGGAUCUCCAUCCGCUCUGCCGCCUCAGCCACCAUCUGGGCAGGAUCCGGCUCUGGUGUUUUGAGGAGGGGGUGUGGUGUAGGGAAAGGAAUCCUGGGGAUUUCUGGCUCCCUCCCUUUUUUUGGCCUUCGGGGCUUCAGACUCAGGGAACUCGCUAAUGGCUUUCUUGAUGAAAAAGAAGAAAUUCAAAUUCCAAACCACUUUCACGCUGGAGGAGCUGACGGCGGUCCCCUUCGUGAACGGGGUCCUCUUCUGCAAGGUCCGGCUGCUGGAUGGCGGGGAUUUUGUCAGCUUGUCGUCAAGGGAGGAGGUGCAGGAGAACUGUGUGCGGUGGCGGAAGAGGUUCACCUUCGUGUGUAAGAUGAGCGCCAACCCGGCCACCGGCCUGCUGGACCCCUGCGUCUUCCGGGUGUCAGUGCGCAAGGAGCUGAAAGGCGGGAAGGCUUAUUCCAAGCUGGGCUUUGCUGACUUGAACUUGGCCGAGUUUGCAGGCUCGGGCUCCACCGUGCGCUGCUGCCUGCUGGAGGGGUAUGACACGAAGAACACCCGACAGGACAACUCCAUCCUCAAGGUCACCAUUGGCAUGUUCCUGCUCUCUGGAGAUCCCUGCUUCAAGACGCCACCGUCCACUGCCAAGUCCAUCUCCAUCCCAGGCCAAGAUUCCUCCCUGCAGCUGACAUGCAAGGGUGGUGGGACAGGCAGCAGCGGCAGCAGCAGCACCAACUCCCUGACAGGGUCCCGGCCCUCCAAGGCCCGGCCCACCAUCCUCAGUUCAGGGGUGCCAGAGGAGCCGGACCAGAACCUCUCCAGCCCCGAGGAGGUGUUCCACUCCGGCCACUCCCGCAACUCCAGCUACGCCAGCCAGCAGUCCAAGAUCUCCGGCUACAGCACGGAGCACUCGCGCUCCUCCAGCCUCUCGGACCUGACGCACCGCCGCAACACGUCCACCAGCAGCAGCGCCUCGGGCGGCCUAAGCAUGGCCGUGGAGGGCCCCGAGGGCGGCGAGCGCGAGCACCGGCCUCCCGAGAAGCCGCCGCGGCCCCCCCGGCCCCCGCACCUGUCUGACCGCUCCUUUCGGAGGAAGAAGGACUCGGUGGAGAGCCACCCGACCUGGGUGCAUGACACCCGGAUCGAUGCUGACGACAUCGUGGAGAAGAUCGUGCAGAGCCAAGACUUCACUGAUGGCAGCAAUGCUGAGGACAGCAACCUCCGGCUGUUCGUGAGCCGCGAUGGCUCCACUACCCUGAGUGGCAUCCAGCUGGCCAACAGGGUCUCUUCUGGGGUCUACGAGCCAGUCGUGAUUGAAAGCCAUUGAGGAGCUGGUGUCCAGACUGGAGAAGGGCCCUGCCUUCGACGGGUGUCCAGACCCGACCCACGUCAUUCCACAAGGGGCCUUCCCCUUCAGGUCACCAUCCGUGCUGCAUCUCAUCUGUGCCUCCUCCGUGCUCUCCAGCCCCAAAGCAUCAUUCCGUUGUCCUCUCACCCAUGAUGGGACCCUCCUGGCCCCCCAGGGCCCUGGGCACCACUGUGAAUAUUCUCCCCUGAACCACUAGAGGGCAGGACACAUGGGCCCGGGAAGCAGGUGGGCCAGAUAAACACGGCGGUUGCGGCAGGGAUGGCCCCGCUGGGACCCACCUGGCCCCUCGGCGAGGACAUGUGGCAGCACCCUUGCAAGCAAGGAUGCUUGUGCCCAAGGGGCCUCUUGUCCUAUGUCCCUGCUCACUCCAGGAGCGCCGGCUCAGCCAUGCCCUGGCAGGGCCUUGCUCCAUUGCCCCCUUGUGUUUGGAGGGGCCAGUCCACAUCCAGAAUCCUGCCACCAUGGCCCUCUGACUGCUUAGUGCUUCAGCUGUCCCUUCCCUUGUGUCCCAGGAGACCUGCUGGCAGCUUCCUCCUGGGAACCAAGACCUCAAACCCCACCCACACUCCAGAUUGAGACCCCACCUCGCCCUGCAACGAAUGUUCUCCUGCUGCCCCGGCAGCCUGCACUUUGCACACGCUUGUCUCCAGCACAGCCCCCAGCCCCUCGCCUGCCUUCCUCUGAGCCCUUCCCAAAGAUUCCUGGGUGCUGCCUGCUGUGCAGUCAGUGGCCCAGUUCUAGCAGCCCGGCUGGCACGUGGCACUGCCUGCCCCCUCUCUGGUUAGCUCCAGCUCAGCCCUGAGCCCCAUGCUGAGAAAUGUCUGAGUGUGGUCGGUGGGUCCCCUCUGCCCGGGGCUGGGUCCUGAGCAGCUGGCUUCUGGUAGGAAGCCGGGCAAGGUGCCUCCCCAACCCUUGGAGGUCAGCAGCCUGGCUGGGCUGGGCUGGGCAGGCCAAGUGCCCCUUCUCUCCCCUCAGGGUCAGCUGGCCCAGGCAGGGGCUAUGCUGGAGAGGCAGGUGGGCUGUGACUGGACUGGCUGGGAGCUGGCUUCCUGGCCAGGAGAGCCUCAGCCAUCCUCUGAAAGCAUCCCCUCUCUGGGCAAGGGAGAGGUGGGGUCCUCCCACCAAAUCCUCUACUCUCGGCCCCGCCCCCCACCUCAUCCUCGUUCAUUUGCUUGAAGGUGGGUUCCGGCUGCCAGCCAGUUCCCGGACAGACUCCCCUGCCACUCUUCAACCUCACUUAUUUUGCGUAAACCCAGCAGGCUGGCGUUUACUUAGCCCAAUACUUUUUCCCUUUUCUUUCCUCUUUUUUUUUUUUCCCUUCCUUCCAUUCUUUUCUUUUUUUUAGAGUUCACUGUUUGGUAUUUUCUCCUCCCCCAGGCGAGGGAGUGGUUCUGUUCUCUCCCUACCCACUGGCUGGGUCCCAGCAGGGCUGGGGAGCUGGGUGGGGUGCCGGUGGGGGUGGAGGGACCCUCCCCAGGCUGGGAGGGGUCCUUGCCCUUCUGCCCCACUGGCAAGAAUUAGAGUCUCGGUCUUGGAACCUCCUGGCAUUGGGACCAGAGCAUGUCUAGGAUUUUUGUUGUCGUUUUUAAUUACCUAACGCUUUUAGAAAGUGAAUGUUAGAAGGUGCCUCCUGAGAUAGGACGGAGCAUUUGCUCUGGCUGGAGAAGGCUCUGGUCAGCUCGGCCAGUCCCUUCCUGCCCCACAGACACCUGGCACUUUACAAGAGGGUUGGCCGCACCAGUUGCAGUGAGCCCCUGAAGAUGGGGACCGCUGCCUUCCCUUCUGUGCCUGUAUGACCUCAACCCCGUGGGGAGAUGCAUUCAGGGUGUAUUUGAGGUCUGAUUCAAAGUUCUGGGGCAUUGGGCAUGAGAGAGCUGGCUUCGAUGCUGUUGGGGAGAAUUCCCCAAACCAGGCAGCCCAGCUACACGGUAGCUGAGGUCUGAACAGUCAUCCCAGAAGGAGACAGAGCCUGCCACAUCCUCCCACGCCAGGCCCUGGGCCGGGGUAAUUGGACUAACAGAAUUUGGCCACAACCAAAUUGAUGCUGGCGGAGCCGGAGGCCUGGCGCCCCGGCCUCAUCCCCACGUGGGAGUCCUUUCUUCGGCCCUCUGGUCCCCUCGAGCUCAGUGAAUCCCCACUCGUGCCCACAGCUUCGGACUUAAAAUCCUAUAUAGAGAGAGAGAUAGAAAGAAUAUAUUAGAGAUAUUUUUGGAAAGGAAUUGGUCUAUGCAAUGCUAGUUUGGAAUCUUCUUGAAAGCCAGUUUAACGUUUUUACUAGGAGAGUUAAAGAAAAGACAUAAAGAUCUACAAUAUUUUUAGGGUUCCCCCCCCCGGUCACCCUACAAACAGCACAUGGCAUGACCUGCCAGGAUGGAGAAUGACCAUGGUUUCCUCUCCUCAGAGGGGUGAGCGGGGAAGUGGGGGGAGGGGAGGGUUUUUUGGGUUUUUUUUUAAUGCCCCUCUUAACAGAAUGUUGCCACCCCGACCCCGACUUAGUGGGCUGUGUUUGUAUCUCUGUCCCAACUCCUGUUGUAGAAAAUAACAUUGUAAGGGGGAAAUCAGCCUAGUGUCAGUGUCUUGGUUUGGGGGGAAAAUUAAAUGUUGCAGUUUUUGUUUGUUA